AUGAAAUUCCAAAAACUCACAGCACUUGUCGGGCUCUUGCUGCCCCUUACUGCUCUGGCCGCUCCAACAAUUGAAGAUGUUACUGCCCUCGCAGAUGUCGUUGACGCCCGAUCAGAGGCCCAGGACAACUCUCCUGAAGCACUAGGUUUGGAGGCGUGCAAAACAUCUGUACUUGAUAUGGCUGCUGCACUUGGCCUCGUAGGCGGCGACUUCACCGCGGCCGUUGACCUCGUCACAACGGUAGUUAAUGCGCUCCGUGAAAACAGGGAGGCAAGUGAAGAAUAUUUCGAGCUUCUGCGCCAGCUCUAUUCUCUCCGGAUAGCUCUACUACGAGUUAAAGCGCUCCACACUGGCGAUUCGCAGCACAGAGAGUUGGUUGGCCUCCGACAAGCGGCCGCUCAGUGGAAUAUAUGCUUGAGUACAGGCGGCGACUAG